CCCCGGGGCCCGGCGCCUGCGUGCGGGGCCGUGAGGGGCCGGUCCCGGCGGCGUCCCGGGGCUGUCCCCGGGCCGGCAGCGGGAUGUGGCGGCGUUUGGCCGCGCUGCUCCUCGUCUUCGCGGCCUCCACGGCCGCGCUGUGGCUGCUGUCGGCGCGGCUGAGCGCGGGGAGCGCCCGCAGGCCGCUGCGGUUCCCGUCGGACCUGGAGGAGCUGCGGGAGCUGGCCGAGGCGCUGCGGGACUACGAGCGGGAGCACCGCGGCGCGGCGCUGGCGCUGUUCUGCGCCGCCUACCUCUACAAGCAGAGCUUCGCCAUCCCCGGCUCCAGCCUCCUGAACGUGCUGGCCGGGGCGCUUUUCGGGCCGUGGACCGGGCUGGUGCUGUGCUCUGCCCUGACCUCGCUGGGAGCCACCUGCUGCUACCUCCUGUCCGGCGCCUUCGGGAAGCGCUUUGUCGUCUACUGCUUCCCCGACAAAGUGGCCCUGCUGCAAGGGAAGGUAGAAGAGAACAGGAGCUGCUUGUUCUUCUUCCUGUUGUUCCUGAGGCUGUUCCCCAUGACACCAAACUGGUUUCUGAAUCUCUCGGCCCCCAUCUUAAACAUCCCUGUGUCCCAGUUCUUCUUCUCCGUUCUCAUCGGUCUUACACCCUAUAACUUCAUCUGCGUACAGACAGGAGCCAUUCUGUCACAAAUCAACUCUCUGGAUGCCAUUUUCUCCUGGGACACACUGCUCAAACUGCUUGCGAUGGCUGUGGCAGCACUGAUACCAGGGACCCUUAUCAAGAAAUACAGCAAGAAGCACUUGAAGCUGGAUGAAGACCAGCAUGCUCCGUUACUCAAUGGCAAGAAGAGCAUGUGAUGGCUCAGGCCCCAGCUGUUGGGGAACUGUCUCUCAAAAGCUGUGGGUCUUUGCCCGUGUGGGUCAUAUUCUGCAUGCUCUGUGCCCAUGUGGACCAAGGACAAUUGCAGUUUUUACUGUUCUUCUCAUCUAAGAGGAGGUAUAAUCUUGUUUUUAAUCAGUGUUUUACUGUGCAUGUAUCUGCACUGAAAAUUCUCUAUAAUGAAACUCUGUGAACACUUGAGGUAAA